AUGAUGCCUGAUGAAAAUUCAAACUCGUCCACUCUAAGUUCAAGCGCGCUGUACAGGGACCUAAGGAAAGAAUAUGAAUCUCUUUUCACGUUAAAGGAAGGUUCCGGUCUGGAAAUCUCACCAAUAUUCAACGUCCUUCCUCCAAAGAAGGACUAUCCAGACUAUUACGCAGUGAUCAAAAAUCCGGUGUCUUUCAACACUCUAAAGAAACGUAUCCCGCACUAUACAGAUGCUCAACAUUUUCUGAACGAUGUUGUCCAAAUUCCCUGGAAUGCUAAGACCUACAAUACAAGAGAUUCAGGAAUUUACAAAUACGCGUUAGUCCUCGAAAAGUACUUAAAAGAUACAAUUUAUGCAAACCUGAAAGAAAAAUAUCCAAAGUUGGAGUAUCCUGAUUUGGGUCCUUUGCCUGAUGAACCAGGCUAUGAAGAGUUUCAGCAGAAAUUAAGAGAAAAAGCUGAAGAAGCUGCGAGGGCAAAUGCUGCCAAAGCUGAAUCUAUCUCUUUAAUAAACUCCACCGAAGCAGCCAGGAAGUUGAGGAAGACCCGUACCGCUUCCGUCAAAAGAGAAUCUGAACCGGGGACGGAUACAAACAACGAUGAAGAUUACGAAGCCACAGAUAUGGAUAUUGAUAACUCCAAAGAUGCUGAUUUCCCUGAUUUGAUUCGGAAACCCCUGAUAAACAUUAAUCCCUACAAUCGCAAACCAUUAAGAGAUAAUAGAUCCACUACUUCAUCUCAUUCGGGCACUCCCCAACCAUUGGGCCCAAGGCAUAGACAAGUAUCAAGAACUCAAGUGAAACGUGGGAGACCACCAAUAAUCGACUUACCUUAUAUUCAAAGAAUGAAGAAUGUAAUGAAGAUUUUAAAAAAGGAAGUACUCGACAGUGGAAUUGGUCUAACGGACCUUUUUGAAAGAUUACCAGAUAGACACAGAGAUGCGAACUACUACACUAUGAUCACUAAUCCAAUGAGUCUUCAAGAUAUCAAUAAGAAAGUGAAAACUCGUCGUUACAAAGCAUUCCAAGAAUUUCAAAACGAUUUCAAUCUCAUGUUAACCAAUUUCAGAAUUUCACACAGAGGCGAUCCUGAGAGUAUAAAAAUCUCGAAUAUCUUGGAAAAGACAUUCACCAGUCUAGCAAGAUUUGAAUUAUCCAAACCUGACAGAAGUUUCAUUCCGGAAGGUGAGUUAAGAUACCCACUUGAUGAAGUUACUGUAAAUAAUAUGUCAUAUCACGUGGGGGAUUGGGCGCUUCUCCGAAACCAAAAUGACCCUCAAAAACCUAUAGUGGGCCAAAUUUUCAGAUUAUGGAAAACUCCAGAUGGGAGACAAUGGUUGAAUGCCUGCUGGUAUUACAGACCUGAACAAACCGUGCAUAGAGUGGACAGACUGUUUUACAAAAAUGAAGUUAUGAAAACAGGUCAGUAUCGUGACCAUUUGGUAUCAAACUUGGUUGGAAAAUGCUAUGUGAUUCAUUUUACCAGAUAUCAACGUGGUAACCCCGAUAUGAAAUUGGAGGGCCCUUUAUUCGUUUGCGAAUUUCGUUACAAUGAAUCGGAUAAGAUCUUUAACAAAAUUAGAACUUGGAAAGCUUGUUUGCCAGAAGAGAUUCGUGAUCUAGAUGAAGCCACUAUUCCAGUAAAUGGUAGGAAGUUUUUCAAAUAUCCUUCCCCCAUCAGACAUUUACUACCGACAAAUGCAUCUCCACAUGAUCGUGUUCCUGAACCAACGAUAGGAUCCCCUGACGCACCUCCAUUGGUCGGUGCCGUUUAUGUGAGACCCAAGAUGCAACGGGAUGAUUUAGGAGAAUAUGCCACAUCUGAUGACUGUCCGAGAUAUAUCAUCAGGCCCAACGAUUCUCCAGAAGAAGGCCAAGUGGACAUUGAAACCGGUACCAUCACUACAAGCACUUCAACGGCAAAUGCUCUUCCGAGAACAGGCUAUUCAAGUAGUAAAUUGUCUAAUCUAAGGUACAGCAGGUCUUCUAUGUCAUUAGACAACCAGCCCCCAGUUGGUCAACAACAGAUACCACUAUCAAGAGUUGGUUCUCCAGGUGCAGGCAACCACCUUACUGUUCAAGGUUUAAAGCAACAUCAAUUACAGAGAUUACAGCAACAGCAACAGCAGUACCAGCAACAGAAAAAAUCGCAAGCCUCGCGCUACAAUAUACCAACCAUUAUUGACGAUUUAACAUCACAAGCGUCAAGAGGUAAUUUAGGAAAUAUAAUGGUCGAUGCUGCUUCAUCAUUCGUCUUACCUAUUUCCAUAACAAAAAACGUAGAUGUUUUACAGCGUACUGAUCCACAUAGUCAAACCAAGAGAUCUGGAAGAGAAGAGAUGUUACCAUGGAAAAAGACGAAAGGUGAAAUAUUAUGGUUUAGGGGUCCCAGUGUAAUAGUAAAUGAAAGAAUAAUAAACUCAGGUGACCCACGUUUAGAACAGUCGUUGAACAGAUGGUCCGGCACCAACAAGAAAAGAAAACUAGAAUACGAGGAAGUGGAGGAAACCAUCGAAAACAUAACUGAAAAAGACGAAAAAGAUGAUGCGAUGGAACCGGAUGUGGAAAAUGAAAGAGACAAUUUACCAGGCCCAUUCGUCCUUGGGUUGAGACCUUCUGCAAAGUUCACUGCGCAUAGACUCUCCUUGUUGCGGCCUCCUUCAUCGUCUUCAUAA